AUGGACACGGCCACGACCGGCUCCGGCUCCCCCGGGCCCGGCUCCCCGGCGCCCCCCGACCUGGAGGCGGUGCCGCUGGUGGCGCUGAACUUCUCGGUGCGGCGGCGGCUCGGGCUCUACCUCAACCCGCGCGCCCCGGUGGCCGCCGACUGGACGGCGCUGGCCGAGGAGCUGGGCUACGAGUACCUGGAGAUCAAGCACCUGGAGGCGCAGCCCGACCCCGCCGCCCGCCUGCUGGAGGACUGGCAGGGCCGCUGCCCCGGCGGCGCCACCGUGGGCCGCCUGCUGGCGCUGCUGCGGGCCCUGGGCCGCCACGACAUCCUGGCCGACCUGGGCGGCCGCAUCGAAGAGGACUGUAAGAAGUACCUACAGAGGAAAGAGCCGCCUCUUCAGGUGCCAGCAGUAGACAGCAGUGUUCGGAAGACAUUAGAGAUGUCCGGCAUCACUACCAGAGAUGAUCCUUAUGGGAACACACCAGAGCUGUUUGAUGCCUUCAUCUGUUACUGUCAAAAAGACAUUCACUUUGUCCAAGAGAUGAUCAGAGAGCUGGAGCAAACGGAGUUCAAGCUGAAGCUGUGUGUGUUUGAUCGGGAUGUCCUGCCAGGAUCGUGUGUGUGGUCCAUCACUAGCGAGCUUAUAGAGAGACGGUGUAGGAAGAUGGUGGUUGUUAUUUCAGAUGAUUACCUAGACAGCAAUGAAUGUGAUUUCCAGACCAAAUUUGCUCUUAGCCUUUCCCCAGGUGCUCGCCACAAACGGCUGAUUCCAGUCAAGUGCAAAUCCAUGAAGAACGAGUUUCCAAGCAUCUUGAGGUUCAUUACGGUCUGUGACUACACUAAUCCCUGCACCAAAAAAUGGUUCUGGAUAAGACUGGCAAAAUCCCUCUUGCUUCCAUGAGGCAAAGCU